AGGGCAAUCUUGAUUUUGUGAUGAUGGAACCUGACUAAAUGAAGCAGGCCGGGGAUCGAACGGGUAGGGGUCACCGGUCAGAUGCGGACUGUUUCUGCUCGCUCAAAAACAAUCGUUUUGACCAAAUUAAGAUGUUUUACCACAUAUCCCUGGAGCAUGAGAUUCUUCUCCAUCCGAGAUACUUUGGGCCCAACCUCCUGAACACAGUGAAGCAGAAACUCUUCACAGAGGUGGAAGGAACGUGCACCGGAAAGUAUGGAUUUGUGAUAGCCGUGACAACAAUCGACAACAUAGGUGCUGGAUUGAUUCUGCCUGGUCGAGGGUUUGUGCGGUACCCCAUCAAGUACAAGGCGAUUGUCUUCAGACCCUUCAAGGGAGAGGUGGUCGAUGCGGUGGUCACGCAGGUCAACAAGGUUGGGCUUUUUACUGAGAUUGGGCCCCUGUCAUGUUUCAUCUCAAAACAUUCUAUCCCAGCUGACAUGGAGUUUGACCCCAACUCUAUCCCCCCAUGCUAUAAGACCAAAGACGAGGAUAUUGUCAUACAGCAGGAUGAUGAAAUCAGGCUGAAGAUCGUUGGAACAAGAGUGGACGCAUCGGAUAUCUUUGCAAUUGGCACGCUCAUGGACGACUACCUUGGUCUUGUCAGCUAGUGUGCAGCCACUGUUGUUGUGGAUGGACCAGUUAAACCUCAGUGUCUGAGGAUUUUCACGACAUGAGCUGCAGAGAGGCGCUUUAGCCAGGAAACCAUCACAGGCUCCCUUGCCCUUAUUAGUUUUUUUAAAUUUAAUGCCCUUUGCCGUUACAGAUGCCUCCUUCUUUAAGCUGUGAAAGACUCGUGUUGUAUUCCCAGCACAUUUUAAAAACCUUGCUGAAGUUUCUGGGCCUUGGAUUUUCAUAUGAAGUACCACAGAGAUGACACUGGAAGUUCUUUUUCAUUUUUCCCUGGUACGUUUGCAGUCAGGUGUCGAGUUACCCACGGUACCUGUACGAAAAGUUUUUCAUCCCAUAUAGAAUUCAGCUAUCAAGGCAAGUUGCGUGCAAGGUUCAACCAAUUUUAAAAGAUACUUAUACUUCCUCCAAUCAUCUUUCCUGAAAAGAAACGACUGCCUUAAUCCGUCAAAAUUUGUGGUAGUACAAAAGAUUUAAUCAUCAGAACCCUUGCACUUCCAUUCAAACAGGCCCUGUACAAACAUGUUUUUUUUUUUCAAGGCUUGAGCAUGGUUAAAAAUUAACUGCGCUGAAGUUUGGUUGAAUGAAGCUGCUAGUUGUGUUAUGAAUUGAAAUGUUGAUUCAACAUGUGUAAAUAACUUUUUGAUAAAACCUCUUAUAUCAUAGCACACUCACAGUAACAAUAAAACAAUUUGUGAAACCUA